AUGUCGCAGAAACCAAUGAGCAUCGCGGAGGCCGAGCGCAUGAACCUUGUGGCCCAGGACCAGAUCUGGAGAUACCGCCUGAAGGCCGAGACCGAAGCACAGAAAAACUGGGCCCAGAACUGGGGAUUUUUAACAACCCCUCUCGAGGAGUUGAUCGAGUGUGAAGAUGGACCCCCCGCCCCAAAGCCCAAGAUCGAGCUUCCCCAGAGGUUCCACAUCCGGCCGUUGACCCCCGUGGAGAAAUAUAUCAAGGUCCUCCCCUCGCCCCCGGUUCCGAAGACCACGCAGGGCUUCAUCGGCUGGCGGUCAGGGGUGCCGGGCCUGAACAAGUGCCUGGAGUACGGAUCGGAGAUCAGGAGCUGCAAGGGCGCCUAUGCCAGGGAGCUCGGCUGGCCGAAGCAGGGCAUCCACUGA